AUGGCCGGCACAGACAUUAUCAAUUAUUAUGCGGAUCUCGGACUCGAGGACGACAAGGCUGACGAGGCAACAAUCAAGAAAGCUUACAGGAAGCUGGUCCUAAAAUGGCAUCCGGACAAGCAUCCUGAAAAUCGGGAAGAAGCAGAGACGCAGAUACGGAAGAUCAACAACGCGUACGAGGUUCUGAGCAACCCAACCAAGCGCUCGACCUAUGACGAUCAAAGACGAGCCGUCAAGAGGAAGAAGCAGGGUUUCGGACCACCGCCUCCAAGCGGCGCGCCUCGUAUGCGAAUUCCGAAGGAGUUCAUGAUGAUGCCGAUAGGAUUCCCAGACAGAUUCGUCCGGUACAACGGCCGACGGCUCUUCGUGCACAGGCGAAAAGACGAUCCCGAUGUCGAGUUCAAGGCCUUCUUUGAAGACACCAAAUGGUCACUUUGGUGGUUGCCCGAAGUGAACAACAUGUGCCGAGUGAGGGCACUAGGAUCAAGAGCUGCUGGGGAGAAGAUGGGCGUUGCUGCAGGCCUCUGUGGAGGUUUGAACUUGUCCUUCUUCAUCGAUCCCGCCAGCCCCACAGACUCCGAAGUGGGUUUGGAAGAUGCUCGAAAAGGGGAGAAAGUUGACAAGGUCAACUUCAUAGCCGUGACAAGUCCAGCUUACGAAGGGGCCUUCCGAUUUGAAGCUGCAUUUCGGCGAGGCUUUUACCUGACCUUCCUGCCGCCAAACCACCUUCGGGUGGCACCAUACGGUGAGGAAGAUGACCGGGGCAUUGCAGACUUUGCGCUGGUGGACUUUGGGGUGAUGUUCAAGUUCAUUGAAAUGGAGGAGGUCCUCCAGCCUGCUGUUGCAGCUUACAAGGGGUGGGUUAAGCUGGAGCAGCUCCGGAAAGAUCCAAAUAUUCUCUUGUAUUUCUCCAACAUUUUGCAGAAGCAAGUCUGGGAUAACGAAGAUUUCAUCAUCUACUUCGAGGGCCACUGGGAGACCUGGGAAUUCAAAAAGGAAACGCAAUCUGUGAGGCUCCGGACGAAGGAGGAGAAGUUGGCCCAGAUGCUCGCCACAGUGAAAGACAUUGAUGGGGUAUCUGCUGUGGUCGCGGGCGCGAAGGAUGAGCUCACUAAGCUACCACUUCUUGCAGCAGCACGUGCGUUGGUGGUGUUGGCAGCCUCCACUCAUGACGGUGAAGGGCUUGACGUCACCAAGACCAUCAACAGGAUCGCCGCGCAAAAGAAGUUGCUUUCGAAUUUGCGAAACAUCCUCGCGACCGCGACGAAUGGAGGCGAAGUCGUCCUGCCCUUGAACGAUCUGCUGGACAUGGCAGAUCUGGCUGGAGCAGUGGGCGGCGCCGGUGCUGCCAGCGACCUGGUGCACACGCGGCAGGCUGCGCAGCAAGCAGUGGCUGACAUUGUGUUCCGUCAGCUCAGCGAUGCAAAGUCGCAGCUUGACGUGCCCCUGCUGGGUCGAGUGCUACGAUUGCCUGGGGCUGGCGAGGUUGAUUCCACUCUGGCAUCGAUGUGCCAGCCGCUCGUUGCGAGUGUGGGGCUGGAGCAAGCUCUGGAAUUCGUGAAAUAUGCUGGUGCGUCAAGCUGCAUAGAAGUUGCCAAUACGUAUGCAACUUCCGCACUGCUUAUGAUGGACACCAAGCAGCCUGAGCCGUCAGCAGAGGAGCAGCUGGCCAUCCUGCGGACCAUCGGCUCUGCAGGCGCAGCUCUGGAAGACAUCUCGGGGCGUUUGGCUCGGCUUGCACCCAUCUCCGAGGCAGGCAUGCUGGUGGACGUCGUCCUGGCAGUUGCAGACCGCGGCUUCAGCUCCGACGCUUUAGCCAGCGCCACGCAGGUCUUGGCUACCAAGCUCGGCAACACGCAGCUCCAACCAGCGCGUCUCCUGGAGCUUGCCGUGGCGUCCACCAAGAGCACAAGCCUUGCGCCAGUGAUAGGGGCCGUGGCCCGUGCAGUGGGAGCAAGUGCUACCACUUGGCCUGUUAGUGAUCUCGUUCGCUUGCUUCUUGCGAUGGCCAAAGCCAAGAAGGCUUUGAACGCAGAAGACAAAGCGAUACUCCUGAAGCAGGCCGCAGAAGCUCUCAAACCAGAAUUGGGAUCCCUGCCAGCAGCUGACGUGAUCAAGUUGGUCUUGGCAACUGCCGGGGAUGGCUGCUCGGAGUUGUUGGAGGCAGCUGCAGAGGAAGCGAUCGAUCGCAGAAUAUCUGUGUUUCCGCCCGCCCAGCUGCUGAUGCUGUCGCAGGGGCUUGUCACGGGCCUCGGCGCAAAGCACGACCUUGUGGCAAAGCUUGUAGACUUCUGGUCUGAGACGGUCAAGGAAUGGACAAAGGGCGCGGGAGGUGGUUGGGAUAGCGACGAUGAGGUCACGAAGCAACGUCGAGAGCUGGAAAAGAAAUCCCGCUUGUCGGCCGACCAAGUAGUGCAGCUGGCAAAGGUGAUGGCGCCUACGGGGUCGAAAACCAUGGUUGACGCCAUCGGCGGAAACCUGAUUGCUAGAGCAAAGGAGCUCACAGACAGUGGCCGUAAGGCUGUCGACGCCCAACUAACAGACGGUGCUUUGGCGACCUACUCGCGGAAGGAUCGGCUGAAAAGAGCUGUUGCUGCAGCAGCCGGCAGCAACAGCCGGAGUCGAAGUCGCCGGCGCAGCCGGAGUACCAGCCGCGAUAGAGGGAGGAGGCGGAGAAGCCGAAGUCGAAGCCGCCGAAGUCGAAGCCGCGAUCGCGGCAGAGAUCGUGACCGUAGAUAG